CGAGGGGCGACGGGGAGGAGCUGCUUGGCGGGCGGGGAGCGAGCCGCGUUUCCAUUCCAGCAUCCGCGGCCGUCGCGUUUCCAGCCCUGAGGGGAGGAAGGCAAGGAAGAGGCAGCCCAGCCCAUCGCCCUCUGCUUAAGUCCGGUGGGCCGCUACGACAGGAACUAGCAAGAUGCUGUGGAAGAGCCUCUCGGUCGUCGUCCUAGUGGGGAUAGCCUCGGGGCUUCGGACGGAGGAAGAACCAGUGAGCAAAUCCAAAAUCUGUGCUAAUGUGUUUUGUGGGGCUGGCCGGGAGUGUGCUGUGACAGAGAAGAGUGAGCCAACCUGUCUGUGCAUUGAGAAAUGUAAACCUCACAAAAGGCCAGUUUGUGGAAGCAAUGGCAAGACGUACCUGAACCAUUGUGAACUGCAUCGUGAUGCUUGCCUCACUGGCUCCAAAAUCCAGGUGGACUAUGAUGGCCACUGCAAAGAGAAGAAGCCUGAGAAUUCAGCUGCAAAUCCAGUUGUCUGUUAUCAGACUGACCGAGACGAACUCCGGCGCCGUGUCAUCCAGUGGCUUGAAGCUGAGAUCAUUCCCGAUGGUUGGUUCUCUAAAGGCAGCAACUACACAGAAAUCCUAGACAAGUACUUCAAGAAUUUUGAUGAUGGGGAUUCUCGUCUGGAUUCCAGUGAAUUAAUGAAGUUUGUAGAACAAAAUGAGACAGCUGUCAACAUCACCACCUAUGUGAAUCAAGAGACCAACAAGUUGCUCAGGGGACUCUGCGUUGAUGCCCUCAUUGAGCUCUCUGAUGAAAAUGCUGACUGGAAGCUUAGCUUCAAUGAAUUUUUGAAGUGCCUCAAUCCAACCUUCAACCCACCAGAAAAAAAAUGUGCCCUGGAAGAUGAAACGUAUGAGGAUGGAGCGGAGACCCAAGUGGGGUGUAACCGCUGUGUCUGUGCCUGUGGGAACUGGGUGUGUACUGCCAUGACCUGUGAAGGUAAGAACCAGAAAGUUUCUUCUCGAAGGCAGCAGCCUGAAGAUAAGCUGACAGAAGAAGAGCUGGCCAGAUACGUUCAGGAGCUGCAAAAGCAUCAGGAGACAUCUGAGAAGACCAAGCAAAUGACCACCAAAGAGAUGUAAGAGAAAUGUGCAAGUGAAGAUAUCCAAAGGCAGGGUGUGUUGCCUGACUCACCCACCAGUCUUCCUUCAGUUCUGAUUUCAAUAUGCAAAUGUGUUUAGGACUUACUGCCCAGUCACAGAUAUUUACAUUGUAUAGCAAUGGGAGGGGGACUAAGAAAAGAUAGGUUCUUAUGAAAUUUAAAAGACACCCCCUCUAUUUCAUGGUUUUAACAGUGAGGGAAAGCAACUGAUCUGAUGGGCAUUAGUGAGGACAGCAAGUAAUUCUGGCCCUGGAGCUCUGGAACUCAAGGGGAAGCAUCACUUUCACCUGUGCUCAUAGCAUGUAUGGGAGCUUGCUACCUCUUGAGAAUCUCACUAACAGCCAUACUGCAGGAGCUUGGAAUGGAAGUGCCUAUGGCUGAGUAUAUAUUCCAUGCAAUAUUGCUAUGCCACAUGACAUCCCAUCGUGACAUCUGGCCUUUCUGUUUUCACCCACAAACACCUUUCUUCCUCUCGUCUCCUUUUCUGCCUAUAUUCUGUUCCAAUCAGCAUCUCAGCUCCCAAAGAAUGAAUAUCUGGCUCUUUAGAUUGGUUAAUUGUGCAUGUGGAAGGGGGUUCCUAGUGAAUACAGACCAAUCUCUGCCAGAAGCCAGAUAGUCCGUGCAUUGUGAGUUCAAAAGUGACCUCAUUUUCUUUCCCUCUCUCUUUGCAAAGGUGCUACAGUAUAUUUUCUUAUCACACUUACACUGAUUCUUGUUUAAUUAAUGACUUUUAACUGAGCUUUUGUAUCUUUGAUUUAUAGAUAUUGUUUAUAGUUACUGAAAAAUGCUGUACUUCUGGUUCAUGCUUUAUAUUAUAGCUGCAUGUAUCAAAGAAGUAAAGUCAAUGCAGCACAAAGGGGCCCCAGGGCAUUAGGGGCCCUUCUGGAUUGGAUAUUUCAGUAUCCUUUAUGGUAAAGAGCCAUAGUUCAUGCAUGAAUAAGGAUUUUCAAAGGAGACUGUCUCUUACAGGGUAAUUCCUUCAAGGAAGCGGAGGGGGAGGACACUACAGGAGAAAUUGAAGGUCAAUCCUGUUAAUAGAAGGAAAUAUUAUGUCAGACAAACAUAAGUUCUCCCCAUACUGAGAAAGCAAUUUUGGAACUGCCACCACUAAGAUGUGUUAGCUCCUGGUGCUUCCAGCAGAAGCACUGGUUCUGUAAUUUCCAAAGGGAGGCUUUUACAGAUGGGAUUUGCCUGCAGGGUGCUGAUCUGAAGCACUGGCACAACUUUUUCCAUGCAGUAAUAGGAAGGAACCCCCAGUUAAGCAAGGAAAGAUAACCCAAGUAAAGAAAGUACACAAACCCAUAAAUGCAUUGUAUUUUUUGGUAUAAUACCAGAGACUGUCCCAUGUGGUUUAGGAAUUUUGGUAAUAAAAGUCAGGAGAUUCAAUCUCCUCACAAUGGUAUGGUAAACAUCAGAAUCAUUGUUGCUUGUGCAUACUUUUGAAGAGACAACUGUAUCCUCGAUUGAAAUUCCAACUCUUACUGAAUAGCUCCCUCUUUGGGAAGAAGUCCACAACUAAACUCCACUGAUGAACUGAUUACAGCCUAAAACUGAAAUGGUUUUUUGCCACUUUAUUCUUAACAGUAAAUAAUAUUGGGAAUUUAUUAAAUGGAUGUUGCCCUCAGGAAGGGAAAAACUACUCUUCCUACGUCCCACACAAAUAUAUGUGUCAAGAACUGACUAAA